GUGAGGGGACAAGGGCGGGGAAAAGGGCGAGGACAGACAGUGGCGUGUGGGAAUGGGAGGAAGGGGCGGCCCGCACGAUCCCCGCCCCGCCUCCCGGUGCCUGCGCACCUCCGCCCCAGCCCGCGGCACUUGCGGCUGCGUUCUCUACCGGCUUCCUUGCAACUCUGUGGAAGAACCGGCCAGAGAGUCUGGAAGUUUGGGUUCUGGUCCUGGCUGUGCCACUGACCCACUGUGACCUUAGGAUCUUGUGCUGUGAAGACAUUUCCCAAUUGCUUCAUGUUAGCCAGCAAAUCUGACCCACAAGGCCUGGAAAGAGGUGAUUGUUAGUUGUGCAGAGGUGGUCUUAUCUAGCUCAGCGUCCCCCUGGGACCCACUGUGGGACCUGAGGCAGAACUGGGGUGGACUUGGCCUCCUCCAUGGCACACCGGCUGCAGAUACGACUGCUGACAUGGGAUGUGAAGGACACGCUGAUCAGGCUCCGCCACCCCUUAGGGGAGGAAUAUGCCACCAAGGCCCGGGCCCAUGGGCUGGAGGUGGAGCCCUCAGCCCUGGAACAAGGCUUCAGACAGGCGUACAGGGCCCAGAGCCACAGCUUCCCCAACUACGGUCUGAGCCAAGGCCUCACCUCCCGCCAGUGGUGGCUGGACGUGGUCCUGCAGACCUUCCACCUGGCAGGUGUCCAGGAUGCUCAGGCUGUAGCCCCCAUCGCUGAACAGCUGUAUGACGACUUCAGCCGCCCCUGCACCUGGCAGGUGUUAGAUGGGGCUGAGGACACCCUGAAGGAGUGCCGCUCACGGGGUCUGAGGUUGUCAGUGAUCUCCAACUUUGACCAACGGCUAGAGGGCAUCCUGGGGGGCCUUGGCCUGCGUGAACACUUCGACUUUGUGCUGACCUCUGAGGCUGCUGGCUGGCCCAAGCCAGACCCCCGCAUUUUCCAGGAGGCUUUGCGGCUUGCUCAUAUGGAACCGGUAGUGACAGCCCAUGUUGGGGAUAAUUACCUCUGCGAUUACCAGGGGCCUCGGGCUGUGGGCAUGCACAGCUUCCUGGUGGUUGACCCACAGGCACUGGACCCCGUAGUCAGGGAUUCUGUACCUAAAGAACACAUCCUCCCCUCUCUGGCCCAUCUCCUGCCUGCCCUUGACUGCCUAGAGGGCUCAAGCCCAGGGCUUUGAGGCCGGUGAGGGAAGUGGCUGGGCCCUAGGCCAUGGAGAAAACCCUAAACAAACCCUGGAGGAGCCUCUCUUUCUCCACAGCUCUGGACUUUCCCCCUCUGCCUGUGGCCUUUGUCACCUAUUCUGAUAAUAAAGCAGUGAGUGCUGAGCUCUCAGCCUUGCCCCACUAACCA